ACUAAUGAAAGUAUAACUCUAGGCUCCCACUGCAGUCUCCGUAUUGUCUUGCACUUAUGCAUUUUCAUUUCUAAUCUGGAUAUACAAAAUGAGUUCUGACUUUUAGGUGGAAUCCUUGUUCCAGAGAUAACUUCCUGAAAAAUCUUAGCAAAGAAAGCCCUAGAGAAGGAGCCUAUGGAGUGUCCAUGGGCCACAAGCCCAGGCUUUCAGACCAGUUUUCAGAGAUGUGUAGAGAAAAGAGUUAAGCCCAGCACUGCUCAGGGAUGAGAGACAUACUUUGGGGAAGUAAAUAAAAAGUCACAUUGUCUUUGAAGCUUCAUCUUCUAAGUCCUGUAAGUGUGAUGAUGUAAGAUGUCGGCAGCUGUUUACAUAAAUCCUAGCACACUGUCCUCUCAGGGUCUGUAAGCCUUAAUGAUGAGACAGCUGCCCUGCUCUGUAGCUUCUUUUGUAUUCACUAGUCCCACAAGAUUUCCAAGUUUACACUCACAGCUCUACCAUAAUUCCUGAAAAAUCACUAACCUUACUCAUCUUAUUCUUGGGCCAUCUCUGUCACCCAGAAACAAAGCUGAGAUAUCAGGAGCAGGAGGAGCAUAUGAGAAGAAUUUCCAUAAGGGACAUGUUUACAACAUUUCAUACAGCAUAAUGAGAGGCUUGAUUGGUGUUAAUAAUCUGAAAAAAUACCAGAAGUGUCAUGACAACAAGAUCUUAAGACCAAUGAAAAAACUGGUUUGGAGAGUGAAUUAUCACCACUUCUGUCCUCAGGCUGAGACUCCAGAACAACUGAAAAGACCUUUUUCCCUGGGAGAUUGGAGGCAGAGAUCAGUGAGCUGCAGAAACCUCAGAUCAGGACACGUAGGAGCAGGGGAACAGCUUCGAUGGCUUCAGGAAUCCUGAUGAACGUAAAGGAGGAGGUAACCUGCCCCAUCUGCCUGGAGCUCCUCACAGAACCCAUGAGCCUGGACUGUGGGCACACAUUUUGCCAAGCCUGCAUCACUGCACACAACAGAGGGUCCAUGAUCGGCCAAGAGAGCAGCUGCCCUGUGUGCAGGAUCACUUACCAGCCUGAGAACCUGCGCCCCAAUCGACAUGUGGCCAACAUUGUGGAGGCGCUUAGGGAGGUCAAGUUGAGUCCACAGGAGGAGCAAGAAAGAGAUCUCUGUGUGGACCAUGGGGAAAAACUCCUGCUCUUCUGCCAGGAAGAUAAGAAGAUCAUUUGCUGGCUUUGCGAGAGGUCUUCAGAGCACCGUGGUCACCAAAUAUUCCUUGUGGAGGAAAUUGAUGUGAAAGGCAUUAUGGAACGACAAAAAUUCAGAGGUGUUUGGAUCUAUUUUGUUGUAUCUAGGUGUAAGAUCUCCACUCUGAAGAAGCCAAAAACUCUCCCCAUGAAGCAAAGGAGAGUGUUCCAAGCUCCUGACCUGAGAGGGGUGCUGGAAGCCUUUACUGAACUGACAGAUGUGCGACGCUACUGGGUACACGUGACCCUGGAUCCUCCCCCGAAUAAAUCAAGUGUUAUCAUUUCUGAGGAUCGGAGACAAGUGAGACUUUCCCAUGUUUCUUCUUCACUUGGAGUUUUUAAUAGGAAUUGUGGUGUCCUGGGAUCACCUUCUAUCACAUCAGGGAAGCAUUACUGGGAGGUGGAUGUAUCACAGAAACGUGCCUGGAUUAUGGGAGUAUAUGGAGAAAAAUAACCUGACUCCAUUAAAAUGGAUUCUAUAAGACUAGUUAACAAUAGUCAGCCUGUUUACUCUAGAUUUCAACCUAAAUAUGGCUACUGGGUUAUAGGGCUACAGAACCAUUCUGAAUAUAAGGCUUUUGUGGAUUCUGCCUUCUCUCACCCCACGCCCUUAACCCUGAGUGUUCCUCCCCGUCGUGUUGGGGUUUUCCUAGACUAUGAUGCUGGCACUGUCUCAUUUUUUAAUGUCACUAACCAUGGGUUUCUCAUCUAUAAAUUCUCUUCAUGUUCCUUUCCUCAGAAAAUGUUUCCAUAUUUCAAUCCUAUGAAAUACAGUGCCCCCAUGACACUGUGUUCUCCAGGCUCUUAAACCUCUUACACCUUCACACACUUCUCUGGAGUGCCUCUUGCCAUGGGUGCAUCUAAUAAAAUAUUAUUUGAAUUCAUAGAGAAUCCUAAUUCAUCAGUUUUAUCAUCUCAAGGAAAAUGACUAAUGCCUCAUUUAAAAAAGACAUGUAUGGAGGUAACAUCUCUACCAAGUUCUACAAUCUCAUGUCCUCUGCCCUUGACUGAGAAGAUGAAUGAAAGCUUUUCAACAGCUUUUAUUGAAGACUUGAAUAGAAGUCAUUCACUACAGAAUGAAUCCUCAGAGGUCUGUCUGUCUAUUUACCCAUGAUGUUUGUUAUUCAUAAAUGAGUGAAGAAGAAAAUAUUAAAUAUGGGUUUAUAAAUUGAUUUC